CAGCAAAAACAAACAUCUUGAAAGAAUUUGGAAGGGCACUGGAGAGAGAGAGGGACCUUUCGAUUCAUGUCUAAUAUUAACAAGAUGAGCAAAAACAACUGCAGACAAAGAUUUAGUGAUGAACAGAUUAAGUCACUGGAGAUCACUUUUGAGACGGAGUCGAGGCCAGAGCUACGCAUGAAACAGCACUUGGCUAACAAACUCGGGCUGCAGCCUCGACAGAUCGCGAUAUGGUUCCAGAAUAAAAGGGCUCGAUCGAAGUCGAAGGAACUUGAACGGAAAUAUGACGUGCUUAAAGCGGAUUAUGACAAGUUGGCUUCCCAGUUUGAAUCCUUGAAGGAAGAGAACCAAGCCCUGUGCAUCCAGCUGCAGAGACUUAAACUGGCUGAAGGUACGAGUGUCCAGCUAUAUGAAAACAAAAACAUAAAGAUGGAAACUUUAGAAAAGUCAAGGUUUCUACUAGAAAACAGUGGCCAUGAUCUUGGCAUGCCCUUGUGCAAUGAUUUUACUAGAAAGUUUGACUACUUGUGGGAAGAAGCUGAUGAUCCGGACUUAGCACAAAUGGCUGACUGUUACUUAAUAUCGAAAGAACCCAGUAGCCUUAUCGACAAUUCCAGUUACAGUGGACAUGGUGGUCGGGCAUUUGAGUUUUGAACUCAAGAUCAGGGACAAACAUAAGAUCAUCGUCAUAGAAGCACAUCUGUCUCAAAUAUCCAAAUAGCAAUUUGAUGCAAUAUUAGAGAUUGAUUUAUAUAUUAAUUGAAGUUUCAACCAUGUCUCUGGAGUCGAAACAAUGAUGAAUGCAGAAAAAUCAAGAUAAACAAUCUACAGCUCAUCAAGAACCUGUUCAACUUAAAUUACUAUAAAUGUAUAGAGGCAGCAGAUAGAAAAUUGAGAUGUUAUAAAACAAUAUUCUUGUCAGGUUUUCCCGUGCCUUCUCCAUUCCCUUGCCUGGUUGACCAUUCACAAAUCCCAACAGCUAAAUAGCUAUAAUGAUAUUAUGUAUCUAAUAUGAUGUAAAACAUUCUGGCAUUUGCAAUAGUUUAUUCCAUUUCAUUACAGUAUA